AUGGCAGUCAACAUGGAUGAGGAUCAAGUCACCAAAUCAUUUGGAACCAACACCAUGCAAAAGUUCAUCAACAGCAAGGAUCAUAUGACCAAUGAAGAAGUCGUUACAGACCUGAAUAUGAUCGCCGAUAUGCAUCGCAAAACCAAAAGUACAUCGACCAGAACAUGCUUUGUGACUGUUGGUGCUAGUGCAUCAUUUAAGCCUCUCCUGCGCUAUGUUCUUAGUGAGCCUUUCUUCCGCCAGCUUGUCCUUUCAGAUUUCACCCACCUCAUUGUCCAGUAUGGACAUGAUGGUGAGAGUCUCUGGGAGCAAUUCCUCAACGACAAUCCUACGGAUAGUGAGACCCUUCAUGGUCUUGCCCUUGGUGGAUUUGACUUCAAGCCUAGCCUAGCUCCAUACAUGGAACUUGUUACUGCAGACGAUGAGCAGCAUCGCAAGUUGGGAAUUGUCAUCAGCCAUGCAGGUACUGGCACCAUUCUUGACGCCCUUCACUUUGGGCUGAACAUGAUUAUUGUUCCCAACAACAACCUGGCCGAUAAUCAUCAAGAGGAACUCGCCAUGAUGUUGUAUCGUAUUGGAUAUGCUUGCCCAGUUAAUAUUGAUGAUAUUCAUAAUCUCAUGUACCACUGGGACAAGUUUUGUGAUCAAGAUCCCACCGACUUCGAGGAUGCCGAGGGUUACUAUCAGCCCUCUGCAGAGGCAGACGCUCUCAUGCGUGAGCGGUUCCUGGUUGUUGACUAG